ACAAAGGAAAGAAAAGAAAUAAUACAAAUAUCAAUAUCAAUAUAUGUAAGAAAACUCUCUCAUAAAAAUAGCAUUAAAUUAAUCACAAAAAUGCUUCACGCCUUUAGUGCGGUUUCACCGUAUUUAAAAUUUAAUCCGAAACGCGUAACGAUAGAUAAUACGAUAUUCAAAUUGCAUUACCGUUGGACAUUUAUUAUAUUGAUAGUAGCUACGAUAUUGGUUUGUUCUCGUCAAUAUUUUGGCGAACACAUUAAAUGCAUAUCGGAUACUGUGCCUGUUCAUGUCAUUAAUACGUACUGUUUUUUUACUUCCACCUUCACCGUGGUACGCCAUUUAAAUAAUACCGCUUUAUCGAACGGUGCGAUAUUUCAACCGGGCAUUGGUCCUUAUGAGAUCUACGAGGAACCGAUUAAACGUCACGCUUAUUAUCAAUGGGUGCCAUUCUUGUUGUUCGGCCAAGCUUUAUGCUUUUAUAUACCACAUUUUUUAUGGAAAACCUGGGAAGGUGGGCGUAUUAAAGCUUUGGUUUAUGGUUUAAAAAUGGUAAGCCUAUCGAAAUAUUUGAAAGAGAGAAGCUUAAAAUACGGCCAACUGUCUAUGCCUUGCCUGGAAGAGACCGAAUGCCGUAUUAAGGAUAUACGUCGUUCGAUGAUUGAACGUAUGCGUUUAAAUAAUUCGUGGGGAGCGCAUAUGGUCUUUGCGGAGCUAUUAAAUUUACUUAAUCUUAUGUUACAAAUCUAUUGGACAAAUUUAUUUUUGGGUGGCGCUUUUUAUAGCUUGGGUGCAAAAGUUUACGCCGAACGUUGGACUGAACAAAUGGACGCUUUAGAUAUCGUUUUCCCGAAAGUUACUAAAUGCCAUUUUCAUAAAUAUGGUAGCAGUGGGUCAUUACAAAUGCACGAUACUCUUUGCGUUAUGGCUUUAAAUAUAAUCAAUGAGAAAAUUUAUACCAUUCUUUGGUUUUGGUAUGCUUUCCUUUUCCUCUUCACUCUACUCGGCCUAGUGUGGCGGGCUUCAACUUUUCUCUUUUACAAAAACAUCAAAUUCACUCGUAUUUCAUUCUAUUGGGCUAAGCCUGGCAAAAUAGACGAUCACGAGCUAACAGCUGUAAUAAAGAAAUGCAAUUUCUCAAAUUGGACAUAUCUGUUUUUCUUACGCAGCAACUUGUCCGAGUUCGUUUUCAAUAAGGUUAUCUAUCAUUUAUCCAGUGAGUUUCCAAGUGAACAAAGGGAGAACGUCAUCAACGCUGCUAAGCUCUCGCCAAAGGAUGACGAUCUGGGUCCUAGUCGCUUGCAAACUUUACGCAUAGACGAAAUAGGUUCGCCAUUAUUGGAAGAGAAGGGAACCAAUAAGUUAGAGUAGUUAGUAGUUGUGUCGUUCAAAGGCCAUUUUUUUUUAUUUUUAUUUUUUUUUUAUUUUCUCUUUGUAAAUAAAUAUUCUAGAUUAUAGUAACU